GAUGGCGCCCGGCAGAGCCCUGCGGCCGGUGCUGAAGAUGAAGGUGGACGAGCUGUUCCUGCGCUGGCUCAGCGAGGCGGGCACGCAGGCGCUGCUGCGCGACGGCCUGCGGCGCAUCCGGGCGCCCGGGGGGCCCGGGAGGGGCGGCGGUGCGGGGCGGCCCGGCCCCCCGGCCCCGGCCCCCGCCCCCGCCCCCGCCUGCCCGCCGCGCGCGCGGCAGGCCCCCGGGGCGCCCGGCCCGGCCCCCGCGUGCUGCGCCCUCCGGCGGGGAGCCGCGUGCGGCCCCGGGAGCGGGCCGCCGGAGCCAGGGCCCCGCCGGUGCGCGGGGACGCCAGCCGUCCAGACGAGGAAGGAGGAGCCCCUGCCGCCUGCCGCCAGCCAGAGCAUCCCCGCGUUCUACUUCCCCCGCGGCCGCCCGCAGGACACGGUGAACGUAGACGCCGUCAUCGCCAAGAUCGAGAGGACCUUCACCCAGUUCCCGCACGAGAGGGCCACCAUGGAGGACAUGGGCAGGGUGGCCAAGGCCUGCGGCUGCCCGCUCUACUGGAAGGGGCCGCUCUUCUGCGGUGCCGGGGGAGACCGCACGGGCUCCGUCUCCGUCCACAAGUUCGUCGCCAUGUGGAGGAAGAUCCUCCAGAACUGUCACGACGACGCUGCCAAGUUCGUCCAUCUGCUCAUGAGUCCCGGCUGCAACUACCUGGUGCAGGAGGACUUCGUCCCCUUCUUACAGGACGUGGUGAACACGCACCCCGGCCUGGCAUUCCUGAGGGAGGCGUCGGAGUUCCAUUCCCGCUACAUCACCACCGUCAUCCAGAGGAUCUUCUACACGGUCAACAGGUCCUGGUCGGGGAGGAUCACGUGCGCGGAACUCCGCCGGAGCACAUUCCUGCAGAACGUGGCGCUCCUGGAGGAGGAGGCGGACAUCAACCAGCUGACGGAGUUCUUCUCCUACGAGCACUUCUACGUCAUCUACUGCAAGUUCUGGGAGCUGGACACGGACCACGACCUGCUCAUCGACGCGCAGGACCUGGCCCGGCACAACGACCACGCCGUCUCCUCCCGGAUGAUCGAGAGGGUCUUCUCCGGAGCCGUGACACGAGGGAAGAGAGUGCAGAAAGAGGGCAAAAUCAGCUACGCGGACUUCGUCUGGUUCUUGAUCUCGGAGGAGGACAAGAAAACCCCCACCAGCAUCGAGUACUGGUUCCGCUGCAUGGACCUGGACGGGGACGGCGCGCUGUCCAUGUUCGAGCUGGAGUACUUCUACGAGGAGCAGUGCCGCCGGCUGCACAGCUUGGCCAUCGAGGCCCUGCCCUUUGAGGACUGCCUGUGCCAGAUGCUGGACCUGGUGAAGCCCCGGAGCGAAGGGAGGAUCACGCUGCGCGACCUGAAGAGCUGCGGGCUGGCGCACGUCUUCUUCGACACCUUCUUCAACCUCGAGAAGUACCUGGACCACGAGCAGCGCGAGCAGGCCUGCCCGCUGCGGGAGGGCGAGAGCGAGGGCCCCGAGCUGUCCGACUGGGAGCGCUACGCGGCCGAGGAGUACGACAUCCUGGUGGCCGAGGAGGCCGCGGGGGAGCCCUGGGAGGACGGGUACGAGGCGGAGCUCAGCCCCGUGGACCAGAAGCUGAGCGCGCUGCGGUCCCCGCUGGCCCAGAGGCCCUUCUUCGAGGCGCCGCCCGGCCUGGGCGCCGUGGAGCUGUGCGAGUGCGCGGACGACGACGACCUGCCGCCCUCAUGACCCGCGGCCUCCGCGGGGCGUCCACGCGGCCUCCGUGUCCCACGCAGAGCCAUGUGGCCGCUGAGCCCUUUUACAGAAAGUGAAGUGCGUUUGUUUGGAGAUAAAUUCUUAUUUAUUCAGCACAGAAGCGGGCCAGGGGCGCCCGCGGAGGGGUGUCCCCGCCCGUCCCAGAGGGGCCGCCACGCGUGUGGGAGCCCCGGGCCCGGCCUGGCGGGGAGGACACACACGCCACGGCCUCCCUGACAGUCGGGGCGGCCUCGGCCCCGCCGUCCAUCUUCCGAGUUGAGAUGUUUCGAGACCCACUCUCGCCCGGCUGACGGUUCACCCAGAGGGAACCGGGUGGGCGCUGCUCCGGGAGGGAGGGUCUGCCUGGGUCGUGGACCUGCGCCAGCUUCGGGGUGGCGUGUGGCCGUCAGCAACAUUCCAGGAGUCUCGCGCCUCCGUCCUGUCCCGCGGGCGACCAGGGAGGGGGCGGCACCCCGGCCACACCCUCCCCAGACGGCGGAGGGAGAGCACCCCGCCAGCGUGUGCUAAGGGUUCUGUGUAAAUGUACAAAGUAUGUAAAGUUACCUUUUAUUUGCUGUGCAGAGCAGUUUAAAAAUGUUUUAUGAGAUCACGUUUGUAUUUUCAAAUAAAGAAUUUAAGCAUU